UGCGUGGAGUUUUUCGCCAAAUUAUGCGGGUGGCUCUGCCCCCGCUCCCCGGGGUUUUGUAGGUGGAGCCAUAAUAUCCAUCGUUCCUUUGUUGACAAAACUUGGCAUCGCUUGAAGUUUGUUUUUUUUUUUUAAUUUUUUUUUUUAUAUUUUUGUCUGCUGCUCUUUUGUUUCUCGUAAGUAUCUGGCAGAUACGCGCGCACAUCCCGCACUGCUGCAUCGCACCGCUCACAACGCUCGCUCACAGGUUGCCCCAGCGGUAGCUAAGGUCGUCAUUCUCACGGCUGUCUCCUCGCGAUUGGUGUCGCGUGCGCGCAAUUCGUGAAAUUCAUCCGCCAUCCGCGAAAACUAAAGCUAGCCGACGGCUAUCCGCGAGAUACAAGUGUCACCUAAUUGGCUUACAAUGCCUGUCGAGUGAUGGCAGUGUGAAGUGUGCUCUCGAGUCAGAGAAAACUCAAUUAAGUGAGCGUUUAGUUGUCCUUUGGACACAUUGUCAAGUCUGCAAAGUAGCUUUCCUGGAUUAAAGAAGCUGUUUCAAUUGGAAUAUGGUUGUUAUAAAUGGCUACACCUUCAAGUCACAGCAACUCCUCACACAGCAGCCCGAUCACCAGUACGCCCAGCUCCAGAGCCUGGCCUCAAGUCCUGCCCACAAUCCCAAUCCUGGCCAGCCAGUGGCUUGCGGCGGCUCCAUGACCAUGCCAGCGUCGUCAUCGUCGUCGUCCGGCGGCAAGGGCAAGCGGGAGUGGGACAUAAACGAUGCCAUUGUGCCGCAUGUCCCGGAUCAGGAGUUUGACGAGUUCAACGAGUGGAGCGACGGCCAUGUCCGGCACAUCUACUCGCUACACAACGAGGAGGCCAAGAAGCACAUCUCCGGCUGGGCGAUGCGCAACACGAACAACCAUAACGUGAACAUCCUGAAGAAGAGCUGCCUGGGCGUCCUGGUUUGCUCCCAGCACUGCACACUGCCCAAUGGGUCCAAGAUCAACCUGCGACCGGCGAUCUGCGAUAAGGCGCGAAGGAAACAGGAGGGCAAGGCCUGUCCCAACAAGAGUUGCCGCGGCGGCCGGCUGGAAAUCAAGCCCUGUCGCGGACAUUGUGGUUAUCCAGUGACCCACUUCUGGCGGCACUCCGGCAAUGCCAUUUUCUUUCAGGCCAAGGGAGCACACGAUCAUCUGCGUCCGGAUCCCAAGAAUUCCACGGUGUCCAAGAGAGCCUUUGGCCGAGCGCCUCUGGCUGGGAAAUCGGGCAGUGGAGGUUUGGGCAAGAAGUCGGUGAUUGCGGGUCUGGUCAAGCAGGUGAAGCAGCAACAGAGCCUGAUGGGCAAGGUCCUUAAGCGUCCUGUGGCCAACAAUCCUUUGAGCCACUCUGGCUUGGAUUUAUAUCAGUAUAAUGCCUGUGGUAAGUGCACCAGCUACAGCCACUGCACCUGCAGCUACCUGGAGGACGGCACUUCGGCGAGAAGCCACCAGUUGGCCCAAUCCUCUAGCUACGCAGGCAAUUCCUGGCCCCUAAGUGGAUCUGAUUCCUCGGCGCCUUGCGAAACCGCCGCCAAUGUGUUUACGGUGAAUCAUCAGCAUAUAACCUACAACUAUCCCAUCUACCAUGCCACUCCGGCGGCGGCCACGGCGGCUCCCAAUAAGUCUCCGAGCUUGCCCUACACCUGCAGCAUUUCGGAGCUGGCCGCCUAUCAGCAAAGCUCCUCCUCCGGCGGCAGCGGCUAUGCUAUGAGCACUCCCCUGCAUGGGCACACCCAGUGUCAGGCGCUCUCCUACGAGUCCAUCCCACAGCUGGCCACUCCAGAGCCAGAGUUCAUCAACUACUCGCAGAUCAAGCAUUUGGGUGGCGGUCAGGAAGAGAUCGGUUGCAAGGGAGAGCCGGGAGCGGGACAACCACCACCCACCAUCAAGUACAAUGCCACCGUGGAGACACAGCCGUAUGUGGAGGAUAAUUACGAAUACUACUACAGUCCCAAGGCGGAGUACGAGAUGCAGCAGCACCAACCACAUACACAUCAGCAUCAGCAGCAGCAUCAGCAGUUCGGUGGUAAUCCCCCGGCGGGACACCAUUACUACGAGAGUGGCAGUGGCUACAACGGCGUUAGCUACUUCGACACAGGGACCACCACGGCACCAGUGGUUAAUAGCGGAAGCGGAAACAGCCUGGACACCGGAUAUGGCAGCUACUACGAUCACUAUUCCAGCUAUGAGCAGCAGAUGGCCGUCGCCGGCAGCUUCGCUACUUCAUCUUCGGUUGGAGUAGCCAGUGUCCCGGCAGUUAUUCCGGCCCCGGGACACCCACCGCCUCCGCCGCCGCCACCGCCCACGCUGACAUAUCACCACCAUCAUCACCAUCACUUGCACCACGCGGCGGCGGCCACAACGGCGCUAGCCCCUUCAAUAACGCAUUGAAUAGUACUUAACGAUACCCGAGGACGAUCUCCGAAGGAUUACUCAUAGGCGAGAUAGCAUUAAGAUUAGUUGGGAAAUUAAAUUUCUUAGUUUCCAUCUGUACGCGUAGUGUUACAUGGUU